CCCCGGAAGGGACGACAUAACCCGCUGCCUUCUGCCCCUCCGCUCACUCCCAGCUCCGCCUCCGCCACAUCGUAUCGGUGAUCACGACCAGAAGAACGCGAUGCUGCAUCCAGUCAUGUAACAGGGUGCUCUCUUGCUUUAUUAUUCUCGGUUUUCCAGUCAAAAAUUGGAUGUUGGAGGUCGCCCUAGUGGAAGGUUAUUGAUUAUUCUCUAUAUCGGCCUGGAAAAAGAUCCCUCCUUGCUUUCUUUGUCACUAAGUUCUUGUCGUUACAGCUGAGCUAGGUUAGACAUCAGUCGAUCUUGCUACCACCCUUAAUUGUUUGAUUGCCCUAUCAAGAGAAAUGCAGACCAAAUUCCGGAUUCAUGCAGACCCCUCACUCAACCAGGACCAUUUUGACCAAAUUCCUGAUUCAUUGCUCCUUCUUAUAUUCAACAAGCUCGCUGAUGUCCGUUCUCUUUGUCGCUGCUUGGCUGUGUCAAAGCGCUUCAAUUCCCUUGUUCCCCUUGUUCACGAUCUGUAUGUCAAGAUAGAUCGGAUAGUGUCUGUUGAUGGUGACUGUGAUGCUAUAAGUCUUUCUUCCCCUAAACCCAGAAAUAUCUUUGCCCAUCUAUUAAAGGUCAUGUUGUUCCGCAUCUUCAAGCCCUUUCAUCACCUUCAGAGCACCAACGGUGGAAAUAAACCUCUUUUUCCACGAAUCUUCCAUCAUUCCCCAGCUCAAGUCCUCAAGACUUUCACUCAAGUGCGCAACCUGAGGAUUGAGCUACCGGCUGCUGAUGUUGGAACAGAGGAUGGGGUCUUCUUGAAGUGGAGAGCAGAGUUUGGAAGCACUCUUCAGAAUUGUGUGAUAUUGGGUGGAACCAGGAUUGAACCUGGUUCUGAUUCAGUAAAUUCGGAAGGGUCGGUGGAAGACAACGGAAGCAUACCAGAGUCCUUCUAUACAAAUGGAGGGUUGAAGCUCCGUGUUGUUUGGACUAUUAGCUCAUUGAUUGCUGCAUCAACAAGGCAUUAUCUUCUCCAUCAGAUAGUUAAGGAACACAGAACAUUGAAAAGCUUGGUCUUGACAGAUGCUGAUGGUCAGGGGACAUUGACCAUGGGAGUCGAACAGCUGAAAGAGUUCAGGGAGAAGCCAUUGACAGCCUCAGCAUCAUCAAACAGGAGUCAGGUACCAGCAUCAAAUAUGAAGCUAAAAUAUGCUCCAUACUUGGAGCUUCCUGAGGGAAUGAGGAUGCAGGGAGCUACACUUGUUGUCAUCAAGCCUGCUGGAGAAGGGACAAGCUGUGUUAACAGUGCCAAGAAGGAAACUGAGGCAUUAGUUUGUGGGGCAUUCGAUGGGCCAUUUCAAGCUGCUGUUACGGCAUUAGGGAAGAGACGAACUUACUUGUUGGAGAUGAAUGGUUUUUAGACUAAUUUCAUCAUUUGUCUUAGUUAUCUUCCUAUGGCUUGCACUGGUUUUUAUUGUCCAUUGAUGUUGAACCACUUUCAGAUUCCCAUUUCUACUGGAAUGAUAUUUCACUUCUGUAGUUGAGUAGGAAUGCAAUUUCCAAAAUUUUAUGCUUUUUUGUUUAGUAAGAGCAUCUGGUUCUAUGGUUUAGUGCAUAAUAUGGACUAUCAAGGUGUGAAUUUUCAUCUCAUUGUCACGAUUUGUAUACUUCCUUAAGUUGUACAGUGGGUGCAAUUACAUAUCUGAGUGUUGAUAAAGGUAGUAUUAAUUACAACCAACAUGUCCAUAAGUUAUCUCAAAAUCUCAUUUGUGGAGACCAACCUAGUUUCAUAUCUCAUAUCUAAGUUGGGUAGUCUAAUGAAAUAAUGGUUCAACCUUUAUUGCUCGAAAACUGUUGUCCUGGUUCUCUUGGAGCCUAAUUCUGCUUGAAAAUGGUACAAAUAGUUUCUACUAAGAACAUGCUACAAAUUCUGAUUGGCUAAAUGCCUAAUUUUCUUGCAGCCUGCUUCCCCAAGUUUUAUCUUUAGUCAUUUCUCAAUUUGUGAUCUGCAUAGUCGUUUCAUUCUUGGUAUGAAAACAUACGGAUCUCUAUUGACCUGAUAAAUUAUAGUUUAAACAAUCUGGAAUGUUGUGGUCUAGGGAUUUAGUUAUGAAAUAUCGUUAGAUAAACAUGUAGCUGUUUUUGGGAAAUGCUAUUUCCAUUGUGAUGAUUUAGACGAUAAUCAUUUUCUGGAAGAGCUCUUUUGUAAGGGAUGAGUUACACACGAAAACUCAUAGAUCACUACCUACCUGAUGGAUAAUGACAUCUUUCUGGACAAUUUAAGCAUCUUUUGUAAUUUUGUAUCGGCUUUUGAUACACAUUUUGACAACUGCAGCAAUCUUCAGAUAGAAAAGCUUGUUUUGUUUCAAUAAUGUGAUUUAUAAUAUGCUCACUGGUGAAAGGACUAGUACCAGUAUUAUUAUUUGUUCACUAACCAAAUCACCCAUUCAAUAUAGAAUAUUUUCCAUUUUUUGAUUGGGUACAGCAAGUAUUCAUCUAAUACAGUUGUGCUAUGAGUGCUUGCCCACAUGUUUAGGGUUGAUUUAUGCAAUAAAAGUCCACUUUGAACAUAGCUACUGGCCAUGUACACUAAUGCUGACUACAUAAAUUUCUUCUCAUUCACGUUACAAGAUGGAUGCAGACAAUCAUGCUGGGUGGCAAUGCAUGGGAAGUCAGCCUGAAAGGAGAGGUGGAUAUCUUGCUGGCAGCAAUUGAUUUAUUCUUUUGAUAUGGUCAGUAGAAGUCCAUGUCUGCGAAUCAACUUGUGAUGUCUGUGCACUUG